UUUAAAAAGUGAAUCUUCCGCGAGUACAACAAGAUGUGGUUAAGGCUGAUUAUAACUCUGCUCCUUGUCCAUUACUUGAGUGCCACUUGUGAUGUUUGUCAGUCUGGAAAAGCAGCCUGUCACAGCGAGAACACAUAUUCAAUAUGCGUAGGCGGGGUACCUACCAGGAGCGAUAUACCCUGUCCAGAAGGCUACAUUUGCACGGGAGAAAAGUUUGUUUGUUAUCCAAAAGUUGAUGGUUACAAACCCAUCUGUAAAUCUGGAGACUCAGGCCCAAUUGACUCAAGCACAACUACGGCAAGCACAACUCCAGAAAGCACAACUACGGCAAGCACAACUCCAGAAAGCACAACUACGGAAAGUACAACUACAGAAAGUACAACUACGGAAAGUACAACUACAGAAAGUACAACUCCAGAAAGCACAACUACAGAAAGUACAACUACAGAAAGUACAACUACAGAAAGUACAACAACUGAAAGUACAACUCCAGAAAGCACAACUACAGAAAGUACAACUACGGAAAGCACAACUACUGAAAGUACAACUCCAGAAAGUACAACUACAGAAAGUACAACUACUGAAAGUACAACUCCAGAAAGUACAACUACAGAAAGCACAACUACAGAAAGUACAACUACGGAAAGCACAACUACAGAAAGUACAACUACUGAAAGUACAACUCCAGAAAGUACAACUACAGAGAGUACAACUACAGAAAGCACAACUACCGAAAGUACAACUCCAGAAAGCACAACUACCGAAAGUACAACUCCAGAAAGCACAACUACCGAAAGUACAACUACAGAAAGCGCAACUACCGAAAGCACAACUUCUGAGAGCACGACAGUAGAUACACAAUUUAGAGCAUUUUGUAAAGAGAAUGGCGAUGAAUCCCAAUCCACAUCCCAUUACAAUGAAAAUGAUCCCUCUUGUAAAACAUUUAUUUUUUGCUACAUGGGAAGGGGAAUCAUUGAAAACUGUAAGAUAACUAAUAAGAAGGAAACUUGGUUCGAUGGCGAUAAGUGCGUCGUGGAGAAACCGGGCUAUUGUUCCUAAUAUAUGUUUUUCUGGAGUUUGAAAAUACCAUAAAUUUAUAAAAAAAAAAACAUGUCAAAAACAAAUAAACAUCAUACAAAUAUAAAAUA